AUGGAAGUGUGCUUAUACUGUCGGCGCGUGCUGCAGCAGCGGUGUGUUUUGUUGUCUGCGGCAGGCUGCGCCCUGGGCAGAGUGCCGCGACCAGGUGACGUCACGCUGGCGGUGACGGAGGUGAGCGGCGAGCCGGAGGAGGCGCCGCUGAACCUGUGCACCAAGCCGCGCGCGCUCACCAUCUGGUCGCCAGGCAGCCAGUGUGAACGCGAGAGCGAGGGCGGCGCUAGGACCACCGCCGCGGACACCGCCGCUGUGCCGCCACAGAGGCCGCCGCCCCACGAGAGGACGUUCCAGUGCAAGCAGUGCGGGAAGUCGUUCAAACGGUCGUCGACGCUGUCGACGCACCUGCUGAUCCACUCGGACACGCGGCCCUACCCCUGCCAGUUCUGCGGGAAGCGUUUCCACCAGAAGUCCGACAUGAAGAAGCACACCUACAUACACACAGGGGAGAAGCCGCACAAGUGCGUCGUGUGCGGCAAGGCGUUCAGCCAAUCGUCGAACCUCAUCACGCACAUGCGCAAGCACACCGGCUACAAGCCCUUCUCGUGCGGCCUGUGCGAGAAGGCGUUCCAGCGCAAGGUCGACCUCCGCCGGCACCGCGAGAGCCAGCACCCCAGCGCGCCGCUCACCUGAGGCCGCGGCGGCUGCCAGCCUCAGCUCGAGCUUUCGGUGCUGUUCUCGGUCACACGUCCAAGUGCAGAACUCUUAUCGAAGAGGAUGGAGCUCACCUUCCAAAAUUUGAGCCUGUAAUCCCUCUUGACUCGGCAGCUACACCGAUAACAAUUCAGAGGUGAACGCACCCGUGACAGACGGCUCGGUCACAUCAGAGACAUCCUGUGAUAAUGCACAAGCUGACCAUCAUACCAAAUAACUGUGUUGCAAGAGCUGUAUAGGCAACUGGUGCAAAGAAGGAGAAGGAAUUUUGUGGUGUAGCCAUCAUGAGUGACAACAGUGGGCAUUUCCUUUCCUUUAAUUUCAUAUUACCAGAACUAGUCUGUAAAGACAACUAAUUUUGUGUUAUCUCAUAUGUUUAUGAGCUUUUGCUCUUGAAGCGUUUGGUCGGUGUCAGAAUUGUUGAACACUCGUCACUGUUAGUGUACGUCCUACAGAAAUGUUAAGGUAACAAGUGGUCGUCACUCGAGCCACACAUGACAGGCAUUGAGUCACACUUCCCGUCGGGCUUUUAGUUACCGGAAAUCAGCGACAUAAUACGUUGAAGACUUAAUAAAUUUAUAAUAUGAGGCUUCAAGAGUAUGUCACUACACAAGGAAACGACAUUAUACAAAGCGAGUCGUGAAUGAGGAAAAAUAUUGCAUGGACAGCAUGCUGCUAAGAACAACAAGUACAGAAUCUUAUUUUUGUUUCUCCUAGAGUUACUGUUUACAUAACAAAGAAAGAAGUUAACCAUUUAAGAAGAUUCUUCACACCCUCAAGAUAUGAACAAAUUAUUCUCUCACGAUGUGUCACAUCACGCACCGAGGUUCUGAUCUGUAUCAUCCAACGUUAGGAAGAUGAGGGGAAAAAACUCGUUUCGUCGUACAGUACGAUCAAACACGUGAAAACCUGUGAGCCAUGCGUUGCCAGCAGUGGCAAUAACUAUUGUCUCGUGUCUCGUGAAGUUUCUGCUGUAAACGGAAAGAGCGGCAGACUACAUUACAAUCAAGUGUUGAAAUACAAAAAAAUUUAAAAAUUCCCAUCGUAUAUCGUGUGCUGAGAAGCAUUAUCAUUUAACGACAUAGGAGCACUAGAAAAAGACUGCUGUUAAUAGCUCAGUGUGUGACUGAGUACGGAAUAUUUUUCUUCACUUGUGACGUAAUCGGUGCAGUGCUUUAUAAAAGUGCCCUGAGUGUGACGAUGAUGUUACAGCACAUACGUCACUAAACUGCACGUUCAUGGGAACAAAUCUCUCUUAAUUUUCUCGGUUCCGUUGAGGAUGGGCUGCUGGAUCUGCAACUGAAAAGUCUUGAAAUGUGGAAAUGUCUUUCUUUACAGCAGCUACUUCUUUUUCUGUUUUUUAGUGCACAACCCUUAUCAUUUUAAAGUGCAUACGCUGAUGUAUAUGUUCACUAAAACCGAAAGAGUACGUUGAAAACUCAACCACAGAUAGGCUUCAGAGACACCUCCAUUGGGAUGUUGGGCGAAUCAUCUGCUCCUACAACGUACUUCAGCUUGAUUUACCCUACUCUAAUAAUAAUGUCCAGGCUGGAAACAAAUUCUUCUAAUGCAAAGAUAGCAGCACAGCUUCACACACAUUGUAUUAUGUCUCUGUAAUAUUCGAGCUGCAGUUACUUUUUCUUUUUCAUAUAACUGUCAUGAAAAAGAAAUUUCUAAUUAUUCAAGGAAAAAAUUAAAGUUAUCACUUUGCCACCUUUCACAUUUUCAAGAACCAUGUAAAUAAUAUUACAAUAUUACGUCCAACAAUGUAGUCCCACAUGGUACAGAGUACCACCUCUAAAAUACCCCAAAAACAACACUGUAGCCAUUAAAAGAAUACUGGCCAUCUACCACGUCAUGCUGUAUUGAGACGAUAUGUUUCCGUAAUUUAUACAUCAAUUAUCAACGCGAAAGGAUGUUUCAUCAAAACAGCAUUACAUUACAGUAAGAUGAAAACAUUAUAUGGCACAGUCAUUUCUACGUGGAGACAGUAUCUCUACAACAACAUGGCACUCAGGUUUGUUUUGUACAAACAUAACCACUUUCAAACAUUCCUUCAUUGGGUCAAUGGAUAUUUAUUCUUGUACUGCUUCCGUGAUUUUCAUUAGAUGCAUAUACAACAAAAUUAACAUGUAAACCACGAUAAACGUAGAACAACUCAUAAAAUUAAAACUAUAUACAUAACGAUAGAAUCUAAGUCAAAAUGACAAGAAGUUCUCUGAAGUGGUUGUAGAUUAAUAAAAUAAUGUUCUUCCAACGUAUAAAACUAACAGCAGGUAUCCGAAAAAUAUUUUAUGGGCUCCGAGAAGUAAGUACUGACGUGAACACUACUACUAAACAAUGUUAUUCGCUGAAAUGAUAGUACGACCUCAACAAUAAUACUACUUAGGGAUGGUUGGUAAAUAGUACGGUGAAGAAAGAGGAAAAAUCGCCAAAGAUGUCUCUUGUUGCUGUCUCUUUCCUAGUUAGCUGAAAGAGUCGGUUGUUUUUGUGGCACCGGCCGGAGUGGCCGUGCGGUUCUAGGCGCUACAGUCUGGAACCGAGUGACCGCUACGGUCGCAGGUUCGAAUCCUGCCUCGGGCAUGGAUGUGUGUGAUGUCCUUAGGUUAGUUAGGUUUAAUUAGUUCUAAGUUCUAGGCGACUGAUGACCUCAGAAGUUAAGUCGCAUAGUGCUCAGAGCCAUUUGAACCAUUUUGUUUUUGUGGCCUUAUUCUAUACUGCAACUCAACCCAAAGAUUUUUUGAUGUUUUAUACUUAAUUAGGUUAGAUUCAUCGUUUGUGAUGAUCGCAUCCGUCCACUGUAUGACUUCCGUCCUGUAAAAAAAAGUGUAAACAAUACCAAAGUAUCUGGGCCACUCUAUUGGGACCAAAAAUAAAAAUAUGCGACGUUGAUUAGUGUAGGCAUAGCUUCUUAAAGCGUUGUAGCCGGAUAUCAUUCAGCUGAAGCAAUAACAUAGCAUAAAAAUGCUAUUCUAAAAUAUAUUUCGUAUAUUUCCCCUCAGAUCAGAAUAGUCAUUCGAUGUACACACAAUUAUUUUAAUAUUGUGUGUCUUUUAGAACACUGUUUCAAAUUGAAGCAGUUGCUCAUUCCAAGAACUGUUCUUUAUUGUUCUAAUUACAUACAUUUUAUUUGUAUGCUUUAUGUUGGUUUUCUAAUUCGACGAAUGACAAGUAUCUUCGUCACAGUUUGCUAGUUUGGGUCCUAUAUAAGUGACUGCUAUAUAGGAAUGUUAUAAAAGAAAGAGGUUCAUGAAAGUUACUAACUGAUGGGCUUUGUAAUUAAACGUGGUGCUCUUAGGAAGGCAGUUUGUCAGAGUGAAAUAUUCUUCCUAAUUCUAGUCUUUAAAUUGUGAAUUGUUGAUAAACACAAAAGUGCUUAGUCAUACCGACGUAAAACAUUUAAAAUGUUUCAAAUAGUUGCCUGGCCGGACUGCUAUGUGCCUGCCAGGUUUAUAAAUCAUGUAUACGAUGCCCGCAAAACAAUUAUUCUAUCUGGGAAUGACAUACCCAAGUUGACUCUCUUCUUUGUCUUUACUGAGCGAGUGCAAAAUAUAUUUUAUGUAAAAAGCGUUUUGUUCGAAUAAUGUACAGAUGCACUGUAUAUAAUACUACACAAGCACCUUUAAUUGUAGGAUGAGUACCUUCAGCAUACCUCUGAUGUAGGAUUCGGGCUGAAGUUCCCAUCUCGCUUGAAGACCUGCAGUUCUGAUAAAAUACUACACAAGCGUGAUGGGAAUUUCGGGCACUUCCAUAGCUCAGCGUUUAAACACAGGUUGCAGCAAUACAGAUGCCAUACGGCAAUCGCAAUUCAGUUCUCUUUUUUCAUAAAUAAAACCUGUCUCAUGACUAAUGUACCGUCCUACAAAAAAAUUUACCAUGUUCUUAUGUUUAAGGAAAACCAAGUCAUUGCUAAGACUUUCAUAACAGCUAGCAACCAAAGAAUCUUUGUAUUUAGUUGUGACAUUCGGAUUUACUUGUUUUUGGAAAAUUUUUGUGUACAGUAGAAUUUUUAUUCAUCAUUCCUUACAAAAUUAAGUACAGCGACUACUGAUAAUGUUUGCAUAUCUCUUAUACAAGU